AUGGACCGCCGGUUUCCUUCGUCGUCCUCAGCACUGGCAAGGGACUCGUUCAUCCGCCAUCGCUCUGGCGCUUACAGUCCCAACCCAGAUGGGUUGACGCCGCACUACAGACCGCGUAGAGAUUCUUUACUCCACGAAGGGACACUUACCGUGCAAGUAGAAGACGCCGACGACCUCCGGGGCGAACCCACAAUUCUGCUAGUGCGGCCUUCCAGAGUCUCACCGCCGCUGCCUAACCUACCCCCUUUGCAAGGGAUCUCCAAUGGAUCGCCACUGCUGGCGGCUUCAGACUUUUCCCUUGACCCUCACCGGUCUUACGGAAGUGGUUUCCCCCCAAGAGCGCAGGCGGCGGGUGAUGAAGUUUGCGAUUCACCGGUGGCUUUUAGCCCGGUGCCUCUUACUCCGCGACCAGCAGCCCCACCAAGGAAUGAAUCCACGCGUACUACGGAUACGACGCAAACGUCCGUGUCCCAGAUAUCUAGAUUGCCUACUCCAGACUUCACGUCUCGUACUAGUGGUGGUGUUAUCCGAUCGUUCCUUCCUCGGCUCUUCUCUGUGCGCGGAGUACAGAGCGCAUCGACGGGUGCUCCUGCGGACGUGCGCCCACGAAACCAUCGUAAUGCGACCACGCUCUCUGAUGUGUCGGAAGGCAGUACCGCCGUGUCCACUUGUUCAGGGGAUUCCAGUUUGUCCACGACAACUCUGCUUAAACGACCUGCACUGCUACCGUCAUUAAGUACCACCGACAGGUUCACACAGAAGUUUCCCAGACCUCGCUCCAUCAGGAAUCCCACUUUCGAGGGCGGCCGGUCCGGGCACAAGUCUGCGUUCGCUGCGACUAUGCUGGAAGAAGGAGAGGGCCUUGGGAUUGACCGAGUGGAUCGGUGGCCGACACACAAAUGGUGCUUGGUACUGUCCGUCAGUACAGUGUUCGUAUAUGGCCUCGCUGGCCUGGUUUGUGCGAUUGUAACUUGGUGGCGAACAUGGGAAAUGGCCAAUGUGAUGUAUGUCGCAGACAACGACAUUCUCAUUCUUAUUACACUUGCGUCCUCGAUUCUCCUGCUCACGUUCCUGGUGGGGAUAAGCGGUACCAUCCUGAACUCCCGCCCCAUACUUGCGAUCUACGCCCUCCUGUUGUGGCCCGCAUUCAUCUCAAUGCUCGUGAUUGGUUAUACAUCCUACAAGCGAUGGGCAUUCUCGCUGGAUCGCAAACUCAACCUCGCGUGGAGUCAGUGGUACACGCCCCUUGGACGACUCAUCAUCCAGGACACGCUGCGCUGCUGCGGGUACUAUAGCGCGCUCCACGAGGCUACGCCUUCCAAGCGCUGCUACCCUAGGACGCCUCUGCCCGGAUGCAAGGGGAAGCUAUACCGUUUCGAGCGAGAGAACCUCGGGCUGAUCUGGUCUACCACGUUCGCGCUCGUUCCGAUCCACGUCCUGAACAUCGUGGUGGCGCUGCUCUGCGCGAACCAUGUCACGCGAACGUUCGGGAAGGGUAUCAUGCCCAAGCAGUACAGGCUGAGUGGGGAAGACGUGAGGGCGGAUGCGGAGAGGAUCAUGGGCGCAUUGGGGUCAGUACGCCCCGUGAUCAGACCUGAAGUGACAAGGUUGUCAUCCAGUGGGGUGUUCAGGGAGGAUAGGGAAGACUAUUUCCCUUCCUCGGACGAUGAGUGGGAGCGUUUGCAUAUCAUGCGGUCUGAUUCGAUAGGAUUGGGUAUCAGCCACCCUUCGAUGCGGAUGUGA